CAUCUUACCCAAACGGUCGGACGUUUCGUGCUGUGUACACAAAUCGGCGGCCCGGUUUCCUUUGUGCCGAGAAAGUAGAACCGUUCUUUAAUAUUUACGUGUGAUAGCCCCGUCUUCAGCACAGCAAGGCAAAAUGGCUACAUCGCAGGAUCACUGCAUUACGCUGCAAGGUUCCGCGGCCAUCAUCCACGAGUAUCUGAAGUAUAGCUCGCACUCGAUCAUCUUUCAGCGGGGCAUCUAUCCGGCCAGCGACUUCCUGCCGAUGGAUUACAACGGUGUGCCGAUGAUGGUUUCGCGCGACCCGCGCAUCAAAGAGUACAUCGACUUGAUCAUGGAGCAGGUCCACGAUUUGAUCAUGAAGCGGAUGGUUACCAAGGUGACGAUGUGCAUCGUGACGGUAGAGAGCAAGGAGGUGGUGGAGCGCUGGGACUUUAACAUCCAGCCGACGUACGACGGAGAGCAGGGCGAGGAGCCGGCCGUACCGAAGGCGCUGAAGAAGAUCCAGUCGGAGAUACGGGACGUGAUGCGGCAGAUCGUGGCCACGAUCAGCUUUCUGCCCUGUCUCGACCAGCGCUGCACCUUUGACAUCAUGCUGCACACGGUCGGCGAGGUGUUCGAGGCCAACCCGACCAUGAUCAAGCAGUUCCGCGAGGAAGAUAUGGCCAGCAUCGAGAUCGAGGGUGCGCAAACGAUCGGGCUGAAGCAGUUCAGCACCGGGCUGCAGACGGUCGACACGAAGGUGGUGUACCGGGUGACCGAUCCCUAGUGGGCAGGCGACCAACCGACCUUUUGCCUUUGUUUUAUUACCAGUUUAAGUAUUUUUUCAACCUUUUCUUGCAUGCAUAAAUAUAGACAUUAAGUGGCUGUGAUGGGUGGGAGACAGCGAGCAUUUGUUAAUAAGACGAUGAUAUCGAGCUGAAAAACGGAAGGGCUUUCUUUCAUUCCAUUGGAUAGUUCUCAGUGAUUGGCAAUGUACGUGUUGGCGGUGGAACUCGGGCCAGUCCACGCGGAAAGGAAAGGCCUUCAGUGUCCUUAGUCCCAACCGAAAACGGGUUCAUAGGAAAAUAUUGGUUUCUGCCCGAAAGGAGUUAUUAUAACAAAUUGUGCAUUAUACUUUCCGCUAGCAUUCUCGGUUCGUUGCAAUCUAUGCAGCGAACGUGGGACAAUUGAUACCACAACUUUUCGGGAUGGGGCAGAGUGACCCGGACGAGACCUUAAGCAAAUCCUAGGAAAGGCCAAGACGUUCAAAAUUUUUGUCAUAAAUCGUUGCAACGAUGAUGUGUUGCUUGGGCGAAU